ACCGGGCACGACUCAAUCAUUGGUAGUUGGAAAUUCAACCGGAACGGACGCGCACACGCCGUCUCUGAAUAUAGUGCUUCUAGUUCGCCUCGGUGGGGUGUGGGGUCGAGAAAAAAAAAGUGAUACUAAUUUAGUGCAAUUUGAGUGCGUGUCUCGUAGGAAUAUCCCUGAGGAUGCAUUCGUUCGGCAAAGUGUUGGCCGUCCUAUCGGUGGUCGCCCUGGUAGCGGCCGAAGUUUACUUCGAGGAAACCUUCAAAGAUGAUUCGUGGGAAAAGAACUGGGUUCAGAGCGAGCACAAGGGAGUAGAGUACGGAAAAUUCGUCCAAACUGCCGGAAAGUUCUUCAACGAUGAAGAAAACGACAAAGGUCUCCAAACUUCUCAGGAUGCCCGCUUCUACGCCCUGUCGUCCAAAUUCACCCCCUUCUCGAACAAGGACGACACCCUGGUGGUCCAGUUCUCCGUCAAGCACGAGCAGAACAUCGACUGCGGCGGCGGAUACCUGAAGGUGUUCGACUGCAAGGUCGACCAGAAGGAUCUGCACGGCGACUCGCCCUACCUGCUCAUGUUCGGGCCUGACAUUUGCGGUCCCGGUACCAAAAAGGUGCACGUCAUCUUCAGCUACAAGGGCAAGAACCACCUGAUCAACAAGGACAUCCGCUGCAAGGACGACGUCUACACGCACUUCUACACCCUGGUGGUCAAAUCGGACAACACCUACGAGGUGCUGAUCGACAACGAGAAGGUUGAAUCCGGCUCCCUGGAGGAUGACUGGGACUUCCUGCCGCCCAAGAAGAUCAAGGAUCCGGAAGCCAAGAAGCCCGAAGACUGGGACGAUCGUGCCACCAUCCCAGAUCCCGAUGACACCAAGCCCGAAGACUGGGACAAACCAGAGCACAUCCCAGAUCCGGAUGCCUCCAAGCCUGACGAUUGGGAUGACGAAAUGGACGGCGAAUGGGAGCCACCCAUGAUCGACAACCCCGAAUACAAGGGCGAAUGGAAAGCCAAGCAGAUCGACAACCCCAACUACAAGGGAGUUUGGGUACAUCCAGAAAUCGACAACCCAGAAUACGUCGAAGACAAGAACCUGUACUUGCGUGAAGAGGUCUGCACCGUUGGUCUGGACCUGUGGCAAGUCAAGUCGGGUACUAUCUUCGACAACUUCAUGAUCACCAACGAUGUCGAAGCCGCUAAGAAGGCUGCCGCUACCUUCAAGGAGACUCAAGAGGGUGAAAAGAAAAUCAAGGAAGCCCAGGAAGCCGAAGAACGCAAGAAGGCCGAAGACGAAGCCAAGGCCGCCGAAGCCGAUAAGGACGACGAAGAUCUCGAUGACGAGGAAGACGAGGAUAACACCGUAGGAGAGGCUGAGGCUGACAACGAUCACGAUGAGCUGUAAGCGCUAGCAGGUUGGACGUUAGCGUCUCUCUCUCUCAGGAUGUGCAUUUAGGACGUCAUCAUCUUAACUUAUUCGAUCUUCGUAUCCCCUAGGAACUACUUUCGUUAACAAAAAUUCUUUGGUUUGUUGUCGUUGUUUUAAAAUAGCAACUGUGUUGAAUGUGACUAUGUUGAAAUAGUCACCGGGUAAUUUUUCGAAAGACAAGUCAGUAGCGGUUUAGUUUUAUGUUUGCGUGCGAAAUUUAACUAACCAAACUAUUGGGAAUCAAAAUGUGCGGAAGCGACUAGGAACGAACAGCAACCGUUUAGCUACAAAUGAAAAACUUGAUAAGUCUGAAUAAUAUCGUUUUAAAAACCGUAACCGUGGGUAAUGCCGUAUUUGUAGUAGGAACAACAAUAAUGCCGAGUCGAGAUUGUUUGUCGCGAAUCUCCACACGCGAACCAGAAUGCAGAGUGGAACUAAGAUUUAAGGACACCACAACCACCACUCCCGGACACACACAUUAUUGCAACAUUUAACUGCUCUUUGUGAUUGCGACUGAAUGAAGAAGAAAGAAUUCUUGAUUUAUGGUGUAUGAUGUGCGCGUGUAUAUAAGUUUUUUCUUUGUUUAAUUCAAAUUGAAUUACUUUUUAGAAGUAUAAGAAAAAGAAGAAAACAUCUGAAUAAAUUGGUUGAAAAUUUAAA